UAAGUCAUUUCGAGGAGGAACCGAUGUAAUGAGUAUUGACAGAUUUCGCUCGUUACAACAUUUUCUCCUAUACGUUUAGUCGCGACAAGCUCACGCGCAUAGUAUUUUAUCCCGUGACAGCGAAAGCGACGGUGGCCGAUACGCGGAGCAAAUGAGACUGACUUCCGAUCGGUGACCCCUUUCCUCAACCCCAACUGUAAUGACAUGAGCGCUCCAGCAGGAAGCUCAAAUCAUUCUGUGUUUAGAAACAUUGUAGCCAAGGCUUGUUUUUGUCUGUCUGUGGCGGCUAAUGGAGGAUUUCUGAGUCGUAAUUUAUUAGACUGAAGUGUUUGAUUUGAUGUUUUGAUGCUGUGUAUCGAGUCCGUCCUUUUGGGCGCAUCAAAGUAAGCGAAACGCUGUUGAGAAGCCAAAUGGAAAGCUGAACCAUGGCAGCAAAAGACGACCUAUAUGCCAAAGUAGCUCCACGGAUGCAAAGGCAGAACCGGCCGGGGACUGUCAAACAUGGAAAUAGCCUGGACGUGUUGCUGUCAAUGGGCUUCCCCAAAACCAGGGCGCUAAAAGCUCUGGUUUCGACUGGGGGCAGAAAUGUUCAAGCCGCCUGUGACUGGUUGUUCUCCCAUGUAGAUGACCCGUUUAUAGAUGAUCCUUUACCAAGGGAGUAUGUGCUGUACCUCAAACCCAGUGGUCUGCUUCUCAACCAGCUUUCCAACUUCUGGCAACAGAGUCGCAUAACCUGUGGCAAGAACAAAGCUCAUAACAUCUUCCCUCACGUAACCCUGUGCCAGUUCUUUAUGUGUGCAGACAGUAAGGUAGAUGCCCUCUGUGAAGCUCUGCAGACAGUGGUUAGUCAGUGGAAAGGUCGUUUUCCUUCCCCUCUCCCCCUGGAGCUCUACUCUUCGUCUAACUUCAUCGGCCUCUUUGUGGAAGAAAAGGUGGCUGAGGUGAUCAAGAGUUUCGCUGCAGACUUUGCCACUGAGGCGGCUUCAAAAGCAGAUGUUCAUGUGGAGCCCCAUAAAAAACAGCUUCAUGUAACUCUGGCUUACCACUUCCAAUCCAAUCAUCAUGCAUCAUUAGAGAAACUUGCCAAAGGCGUAGACAUAAGCAUCGGCUGUGACUGGCAAGCUGUACUCUUUUCACGAGACAUCCGAUUUGCCAAUCAUGAGACCCUGCGUGUGAUGUACCCUUAUGUGCCUCAGAAUGAUGAUGAACUGGAGCUGAUGCCCGGUGACUUCAUCUUCAUGUCAUCUUUGGAACAGGCCACUGCCAGCGAGGGCUGGGUCUACGGGACCUCUAUGAGCACAGGCUUAUCUGGACUGCUGCCGGAAAAUUACGUCAACCGGGCAGACGAGUGUGACACUUGGGUCUUUCAUGGGUCUUUCUCUUUCCUUAAUGGAACCCCACCAACCAACAGCAUGGGAGCAAUGGGUGGAAUUUUCCUUGACACACAAUUAGAUGGCCGUCUCCUUGACGACCCCCUCCUAAUGGAUUCAUCCGGACUUGGUGUUAUAUGUCAACCUAUGCAGAUCUCACGACCCAAUCAGUCACGAAUGCCCAAGAGAACGCUGUUUGUGUGUCGACAUGGUGAGAGAAUGGACGUAGUGUUUGGGAAACAUUGGAUCACCCAGUGCUUUGAUGCCAAAGGUCGGUAUGUGCGGUCUAACCUCAAUAUGCCACCGAGUCUUCCAGCGAGGAGUGGAGGCUACAGGGACUAUGAUAAGGACUGCCCUAUCACUGUGUUUGGAUCCACACAGGCUCGUCUAGUUGGGGAAGCACUGCUGGAAAGUCAUACCGUGAUAGACUUUGUGUAUUGCUCUCCAUCUCUUCGCUGUGUGCAAACGGCUUUUAAUAUCCUUAGAGGUCUUCAACAGGAUGGAAAGACUAAGAUCAGAGUCGAGCCAGGUCUGUUUGAGUGGACUAAAUGGGUAUCGGGAACCUCGUUACCCUCCUGGAUUCCCCCUGCAGAUCUGGCAGCUGCUAACCUUGGCGUGGAUACAACAUACAGACCUCAUAUACCCAUCAGUAAACUGGCCGUGUCUGAGUCCUACGAAACAUACAUCAGCCGCAGUUUUCAAGUGACACGUGAAAUACUGUCAGAGUGCAAUACGUUGGGAAAUAAAGUGUUGAUCGUGGCCCAUGCUUCCUCUCUGGAGGCUUGCACUAGGCAGAUACAGGGACUCACUCCACAGAACUGUAAAGACUUUGUGCAAGUGGUCAGAAAGAUACCCUACUUAGGCUUUUGUUCCUGUGAGGAGAUGGGUGAGACAGGUGCGUGGCAGCUCGUGGACCCGCCCAUCCUGCCACUCACUCAUGGACCCAAUCACAGCUUUAACUGGAGGGAAACUCUGCAGCAGGAUUAAAAUGCAUCGCAACUUUACCUUCAUUGCUCUUCCUCCAAAGGCAGCAGGGACGCGCUUAUUCACGCAUCUCUCUCGCAUUAUCACAAAUCUGCAUCAUAGCACUAUAAAGGCUCAUGCUUCCACAGCCAAGUUCUUGCACUGUUACAGUAAACACCUCCGUGACUAUUGAUCUUAUAUAGCAGAGCAGUCACUUUUCCGAUAUACGUUCCCUUAAUAUGCUCGAACGGCAUGCAGUCAAAGGUGAAACUUAAAGCCGUUGCAGGUUAUUUUAAACCUGAGAUCAACCUUUGAUGCAGCUUCAUACCCAAGCAGUGUGUCUCAAAACAUAAAGCAUAUGUCAUGCACACAAUAUAACGCUGGUAAUAAACUCAGGUUUCCUGUCCCGGUGAGAAGGAAAUUGUGUGCGUAAAUUGAAGAGUCAUCAUCCGAAACUUCCAAAAUGGAUGCCGCUGGACUCGGGUCGGGUCCUCUCGUCCAUUGCAAACUCCACAGGGGAACGUGAUUUCUUCCUGAUACACUGUGAACAAAGUAGACAUGCACAACCUCUUGCAGCGAGAUUUUCCAGUUACAGCUUCCCUCCGACCUGCUACACGCAUAGUGGUUUCCUGAAAGCACAAAAGAAUUUUCUGGCAAUCAGACAGACUUGAAAGAGCUUUAAAGUAGGUUUAGAAAUGGAUUUGGAGGGCAGCACAUUCGUCCUGUGCCUUGCUAACAUGCUGCUGCUAUUUAACACUUUGCAACUAUAAGAUAUUUUGGGAGUACUGUUAGGUUAGGGCUUGCAGUUGGAGAUGAUAAUUAAAUAUCACAAAUGCUGUCUUUUUUGCAUGUAGGGUUGGAAGAUAUCAUCAAAUAUUUUGAGACAGUGCCACAAAUGGUUUCAAAUUCUUAGAAGGACAAACAGCAGGUUGAAUAGCGUUACGUGCAGCUGUUACAGGAACGCGUUGAUGUGGGCAAGUAAAGCAAGCUUUACUUUCUGAGCACUUGAAAAUUGCACCAAACAGGAAAGAAUGCUUCAACCGUGUAAAGAAUUGUACAUUAAUGCAUAACAUGUCUGUAUAUACUAAGUAACGAUAAAAACCAUUUAAUGCGUUUCACAAAUGUGUAAUUCCUAUUAUUUAUGUAUUCAUAAGACAUUGUAAAGAUAAUUUGUUGGUGCUUCUGAUUUUUUGUUAUUUCCUGUAUUGAAAUAGAGAAAUCAAGCCAUAGCAAAUAACUAUAUAAAUCACUAUAUAAUGCAGUGUUUCUCUCCACUUCAGGCACCUACAUAAGCAUAUCUGUUACUGUUAUAUGCCAUCUGUAUUUCCUGAUCUUCUGUUUUAGCUCACCAAUGGUUUGCCGUUUAAUGAAGAAGCAUGCGUAAUGCAAUACACUGCAUAAAAGUAAGAGGUUUUUGUAUGAUUUCGUAAGUUGUGAUGAACAAAUGGGUAUUAAGAUAUUGGGCCUAUAAAAGUAUGCUGUCAUCAAAUUGGCUAAAACAUUUGGACCAGAUGUGCCAAGGGCGUUUUUUUUAUUGAUCUUUUGCUUAAAUGGUUACUGUCAGUGAUGAAGAUUGUUGUAACAAUAAAACAUUAUAGAAUCCAGUGAGUUUAACUGGAACAAAUCCAUCCUCAUUAAGUUUCCAGGCAGUUACAUAAGCCUACAUUUUACCUUCCCAAACUUCCUACUCGUACGUUUGAAUGCAUUUAUUUCAGCACAGAUGACUUUAUGAAGAAUUAUGAAGAUUCUUAACUAGCCAUAUUUGAAGCUUUCGGAAACCUAGUUUAAGUGUGUGUGUGUGGCGCGGUUGAAUGUUCAUGUGCCAGAAGAUGUAAAUGCUAAUAAUGAUCUUAUUAGACUAAACCCGGAUGAAUGUUUAAUACCAUGAAUAUAUCAUCGUUCUUCCAAUAAUGUCAACAUACGGUUACCCCAUCAAGUAAGACGGUGUGUAGUGCAGAGGUGAUCCAGAUAUUGUUUGGCUUACUGAGAGGUGAUAUUGUCAUUGCGUGUUUUUAGAAGCAUGCAAUGCGUGCAACUUCUAAGACAAGGGAGGGUCAGGCAAUAUGAGCCAAAGUGCUUCAUUGAUUUUUUUUGAGGACCAGAAUGAAUCAUUGUUUUCUGAUGCUCUUAGGGAUGUACUAAAACGCACUUGAUCAAUUCUCAACUUGGCAUGGGGGUUUGUCUUUGUCUUAAGUUAUAUGAUGUUUUGUAAACCCUUUGGAAGCCUUACUGAUCAAUGACUGAGAAGACGGUGUAUGAAUUAUGUUAAACUACAGAUAAGAUAAAACCAGAGGAUUAAAAUUUGUUUUAGUUUAUUAUUAAUAAUAUUUGUUUAUUUGUUCUCCUUGAAAUAUUUCUUUUUAUAUUUAAGGUUAUUGAUGGUCACUUUUGAGGCAUUUUUCCUGUGUGUACAAGAAAUAAAAUGUCAUCUCUCAUACAUGAUAUGACCACAGAAAAUUAUUAUUAUUAUUCAAAGGUUAAAGUUUAAUGCACCCUCAUGAAUAAUUCUUAAAGCAUAAGACACUCAGCCAUGAAAACUAACUAAAUGUGGUUGUUAAUGUUUAUUUUAAGACCUUAUGCAUAACAUUUGUAAAACAUGCUUGCAAAUAAAUCUUUUGUUAUCCUGCA